AUGGGAAACAAAAAAAGCACUAAUAAUAGUAUUCCACCUUAUGCUGCUCCUCCUCCGCCUCCUAUGUAUGAUUUGCCUAAUGGUGGUAUACAGACUGUUGUGACUUCAAUAUCUAUUGAAACACCACGACUAAAACAACGACCACUCGGACGUAGUCGAAAUCGACUUCUUCCUAAAAUUCGUGCGAUUUUUAUACCCCAGGCUCGUCCUGCUGGGAUUGGUGUUUUACCAAUGACCUGUGCAGCACCUGUAACAAAUCCGUGUGCCAAUCUCGGUAUCGGAGGAUACGGAGCCUAUGGAUAUGGAGGAUAUGGAUACGGAUACGGAUACGGAUAUUGCUGUUAUUACUAA